AUGGCUAUGCGCAACGUCGGUGUGAAGACUAGCCAAACCAUGGACUAUAUGGUAAAUCAAUCCAGGUGUUAUGAGAAUGUUGGUUUCAUCCAUACGGAUUUGCACAACCACAUUGAAGCCAAACGUAGAGUAGAAGUUGAGGAUGGUGAUGCGCGAGAUUCGAAAUUGCAGGCUGACUACACAAAGUUUGGUGAUGUGUUGAUAUUUGACUCAACUUACCGUACCAAUGUGUACAGGAAAUCUUUUGUCAUAUUGGCUGGUGUGACUAACCACUUCACAACUACGAUAUUUGCAUGUGUUUUGCUAGCUAAUGAGACAAUUGAUACAUACACAUGGGUUUUGGAAACAUUUAUGGAGGCGAUGGAUAAUAACGCAUCUGUGUCCGUACUGACAGAUGGCGAUAAGGCGAUGUGA